AUGUGGUAUCACCGGCAAUUACGAGGAAAUGAUAAAGAGAACCAUGGACUCAUGAAUGUUAAUUUUAGCAUUAAAGAUCUUGGCAAUCUAAAGUAUUUCUUGGGUAUUGAAGUGGCGCGAACGGACGAUGGGGUGGUUCUGAGUCAACAUAAAUACUCCAUGGACAUUUUGUCCGAUUGUGGGCAACUUGGAUGUCGUCCUAGUGCUUUUCCUAUGGAACAAAAUUUAAAAUUUUAUCAUUGCCCAGAAAGUCAUAAAACCGAUGCUUCCCUUUAUCGACGACUUAUCGGUCGAUUAUUAUACCUUCAAGCCAUGCGCCCCGAUAUUGCCUAUUCGGUAAACAUCCUUAGUCAAUUUGUCUCUGACCCGAGAACAGAUCACAUGGAUGUCGUCCUACGCAUCCUUCGUUAUUUGAAAAGCACUCUUGGACAGGGCAUAUUCAUACCCAAAGAUGGAGGUUUUAAUCUUGUUGGUUAUUGUGAUGCCGAUUGGUUGGGAUGUCCCUAUAUGAGACGUUCAAGGACCGGUUACUUGUUACUCUUGGGUGGUGCUCCCGUGUCUUGGAAAACAAAGAAACAGUCCGUUGUUUCGCGGUCGUCAGCAGAAGCAGAAUAUAGAGCAAUGGCUACAACGGUUAGUGAGGUUCUUUGGAUAUGUUGGCUUCUUAAAUACCUCACCGUAAAUUUGGAGGGUGCUACCCCUCUAUACUGCGACAAUGAAGCUGCCCGACAUAUUGCCAACAAUCCCGUUUUUCAUGAACGGACUAAUUCACGUUGA